AUGGAUAGUAGCACUAAAAUUACACCAGAGGAAGCUCCAACACAUGACCUUCACGGCGAACCACUUCAAAUAACGGAGGAUGGGAAAAUUGAUCUGAUGGCUUAUACAGCAGAUGUAUUGAGUGUAAUGGUUCAUGAUGUUGUUUUACCUUCCAAGCUAAGGCGGUUGUUGAUGUUAUCAGCCUUGAAAGUGAAGAUUUUCGACGGGGAUCAAAUCGACUCCCACAAAUUGCUUGCAGAAGGUACUAUUCCAAUUGCCACUUUGGAGUCGUUCGCUACAAAGGAAGUAGAUGUUCAAGUUAAUGGUGCCGUAUUGAAGCUUCGCUUAAAAUGGGAGUCUCAAUUACUUAUCCGUAAAUACGCCGGAACAUCGUUACUGAGUACUACAACCGGUUUAGCAUUUGAUGUCGUUGGCUUCAGGGUAGGUGCUGGAGGUAAAGUUUUGACCGGAGGAAGUAGGCUAAUUGGAGGUAGUUUAGGUGCUAUGAUCGUGGAUUUAGUAAACUGGGUGCCAAUAGUAGGGAAUCAUCCGUCUCUUGUUCGUUAA